AAAUUUGUCUUAAAAAUAAAGUCAUUAAAAAAAUUUUGUGAAAAUUUGCUGAAAAUACUUCAUUGUCUCCAACCGUCUUUUUAUAGCAAUUUAACAAAUAUCAUUACUGUAGCAAUAUAAAAUCGCAAAUGUAAUACAUGCAUAUGUAUGUAUUAUAUACAUAAUCAAGUGUGUGAAUGUGACAACCGACAAACAUAACUUAAAACACCUGCAGUAUUGGUGCGGAGCUUAGCUGCAUUAGCUGCUCUCAGCAUGGAUGAGUACCCAGUGGUUCAAGUGCCAGUCGACGCAGUUCUCGAGGAAGCAGAAUUUGAGCGACUGUAUUCAGCACCCACUGGAAUCGUGGUGUUAUUGUCCAUUUUCUAUGGCACUAUAAGUAUUUUGGCAAUUAUCGGCAACUCGCUAGUUAUUUGGGUGGUAGUGACAACACGCCAAAUGCGUACAGUUACAAAUAUGUACAUUGCCAAUUUGGCCUUUGCGGAUGUCGUUAUCGGUUUAUUUUGCAUACCAUUUCAGUUUCAAGCCGCUUUAUUACAGCGCUGGAAUUUGCCAUGGUUUAUGUGUGGCUUUUGCCCUUUUAUACAAGCACUAACUGUUAAUGUGUCAGUUUUCACACUCACGGCAAUCGCAAUCGAUAGGCAUCGAGCUAUUAUAAAUCCACUCAGGGCUCGACCUACAAAAUGGGUGUCCAAAUUAAUACUCAUCGGCAUUUGGCUGACGGCAUUUCUAUUCGCUACACCUUGUGCCAUAGCAUUUCGUGUUGAAUUGGAGCAUGAGCGCUACAGAGAAAACGGCAUUAUUUUCAAUGUGACCCGACCAUUUUGCUUGAACAAAAACCUUUCCGAGGAACAAUUACAAACAUACCGUUACACUUUGGUCUUCAUGCAGUACUUUGUGCCGUUUUGCGUCAUCAGUUUUGUUUACAUACAAAUGGCGGUGAAAUUGUGGGGUACACGAGCGCCUGGUAAUGCGCAAGAUACGCGGGACAUAACGCUACUGCGAAAUAAGAAGAAAGUCAUAAAAAUGCUUAUUAUUGUUGUAGUCGUCUUCGGGCUGUGUUGGUUGCCGCUGCAAUUGUAUAAUAUUUUGUAUGUGACCUUUCCCGAAAUUAAUGAAUACCAUUUCAUCAGCAUAAUAUGGUUUUGCUGCGAUUGGCUUGCGAUGAGCAACAGCUGUUACAAUCCCUUCAUUUACGGAAUUUACAAUGAGAAAUUCAAGCGUGAAUUCAAUAAACGCAUUGCCACAUGCUUCUGCAAGACACACAAGCUUCUGGAUAUGCCGGAGCGCACGCAGUCCAUGCACACACGCGUCAGUUCCAUACGCUCCAGCAGUGCGCCCAACUCAUCCAUGCGUAUACGCGGCAAUUUAUACGGAGGUGUGAAUGGCAAUGGAGGCAGCGCAGCAGCAACAAAAACGCAGACAACAACAACAAAUACCAAUACGAUUACAUACGAAAUCGGUUGCAAUGAUAAUGCCAUGUCAUUAGAACUAACUAACCUCAAUACAAAAAACGCAAGUGGUAUUGAAAGUAAUAACAACAACAGCAACUAUACUACAAAUACUUACAGCAGCAAUGUCAAUAGCAUGCAAUUGCAAGAAGUUGAAGUUAUCGCAGGCGAGCACAUAUGUGUGGACGAAUCGGACGCAUUAAUCGAGCUUAAAGCAUUGCCACACAACACGAACAAUGCGAGUACAAGCACAUAGUGCAGCAAAAGUGGCCAUUGAGCACUCUAGCGCUAAGCUAGUACUGUCAAGUAUUAUGUGUAUUUGUAUGUGUGCGUGCGUUGUGUGAGCGGGAAUGUUGUCAGCAAAGUGCUUGCGUGCUUACGUUAAGAUUUUAAGCCAUUGAAUGGGAAUUAUGAACUUUUCUCUACAUUUAAGUAUUAUUAUUGAGUUUAUUGAUAGUUGUAACAUAAAAAUAUAUAUGUUUUUGUUUAAGUAAUGUAGUUAAGUUGUAGCUUAUAACUCAUUGAAGAACUUAUUAAUGAAAUAAUGG